UAUUUGUUAGAUACUUUUCGUCGUCAGUUUUGUGUGUGGCAGUCAGCCAAAGGUGAUUCGUCUUUAGCAGAUAAUUGAAAAUUAUGCAGUUAAUUGCCGCGGGCAUAUUUGUGAGUCUGGUGCUCAGCUGCAGUGCAGCGAUAAGUGGUCCAUUUAUAUUUUGGGGUCAGGAAAAGAUUUUCGAUUUGCAACCCCAAGCGCUGGUCGAUAAUGCGGCCAGAGAGCAGCCGCUGACGCAACUGUAUAAGGAUGCCAAGGCGAUUCUAAUUUUCGUACGCAACAGCACAAGUCGUCUGCAGGGCACAAAGUAUCCAAAGUUUCAGAACCUGGUGAAGAGCAACGCCUGGACAUAUUUGCCGCAGCGCAGUCUAUGUGCUGAGCCGUAUGGAUACAAUGCCAACAUUGAGGUCGUAAAUUUGACGGGAAACAGCGAGGAGGAUGAUGCCGCAUUGUUGACGGGCUACAAUGAUGCACUGACCAUUUAUGGAAAAGGUCAAGUGUUGGGCAUAUUAGCUAAUCGAGAGGAGGAGGCUCACUAUUUGGCCAAGCGUGAGGCUGCCAAAGGCGAGGAGGCAGCCAGCACCACAGUGUCAACGCCAACAGGCCUCGAAACCGAAUCGAAUCAGGUUUACAUUGCUGAGGGAAACAAGGCAGUACUUGUCUUGAGCACUCCACCCGAGCUGAAGCUGGGCAACGAGACGCUGCUGCUGGAGGAGCACAACAAGCACAUCACCUUUGACUACCAGCGCAGCAAGGCCUAUGGUCGGCUGAGCAUCACCUUUAUGCCCAACGGCGAGAAGUGUACGCUGCGUUUCAAGUUCUCCCUGCUGCGCGGCACCUGGAUUUUGCGCAACGUCGAAGUGGAGUACCGUGAGAUCAAGGCCGUGCUUCCUGCAAUUGGCAAUGACUAUACGCUGCCAUCAGCCCCGCUGGGCUUCUCCUAUCGCUGCUCAUCGGAGAGAUUGCUUUUUAUUACGCCCAAUAAGAAUGACACAAGAAUUAGCCUCACAUUGAAUGAUUAUCAGGUGCAGCCUUGGUUAAGUGGACGAAACAAGUUUGGCGAUGUUUACGAUUGCGUCGGUUUCACAUCGGUGCCCAUAUUAUCGGGCUUGUUCGUCGUUGCCCUACUCUUGGGUAUACUCUUCAUUGGUAUAACCGCCAUGCUGAGCAUGCAAUCACCCAAUCGCUUUGAGAGCGCAAGCUCCCGCAGCAAGCCGCUAACUUUUACCAUUUCUGAGUAGAUCAGCAUUAUAUUUAUCAAGAAGCAACGUAUAUAGCUUUUAGCCGCCAGCAUGUUUGCAUUGAUUGUAUUUACGCCCGUUAACCCGCUGGCCUUGCUAACGUUGGCCAUAGAGUUCUUUCUAAUACAUUUGCUCUUUAUUCUGAUUGUGCUCUAUGUUUACGUACUUUGGUAUUACUGAGGCUAGUUCAUUGUUAAAUAAAUAUGCAAA